CUUCUAGUUCUGGACGUGUAUCCAGAGUCCGGACAAGCUUUAAAAAAAGAAAGAAAAACUACUCCCAAUAUUUAAAUAAUCUCGAUCGAUUCUGCAUUUAAAAAUUUCGAUACUCGCCAUGUUUUAGGUUUCACGAGCAUCUUAUCAGGCUUUAUCUGUUGUUUCUUAAGUUCUCCCCAAUCAUUAAAUAGAAAUCUGUUAUUCCUCCAGUAAUUUAAUUAGGUCUGUAAGAAAUCUUCCUUCCGAAUUUUUGUUAUCAGCUUUUCUUGUAAUUAAUCUUCGUUUGAAAGUUCCGGGCUUUCCACGCCCUGUUGCCAUUGAAAUCCAUGAUCAUCUCUUUUCAAUGGAUCCGAAUUUAGUUCAAUCCACUCCUCAAAUCGAAGAAGACGAUGAGUGGGAUACCGACGGGUUUGAGAUCCCAAGCUUGUCAGUUGGAGAAUCUGAUCUAAUUAAGCUGGAUGUUCCAGAAGUGAAGGACAAUAAAAUCUCUGUUUCAAAGGUUAGUAAAGAAGAAGAGAAGAUCUACUUGGGCCCACACGGGACACCUCCUUUUCAAGUGAAGCAGCAAGAGCUGAGCUCCACCUCUGGCCGUAAGCAGCGUUUUAGGCAAAAACUUAAGGACGCAGACAGGAAAUACUUGGGAGCAGGAAGAGAGAACAAGGUCGAGAAUUUGCGUGAACUCGUUGGAAGCAGCAAAGGUAGCAGCUCCAUGCCCAAGAAUUCCCCUAGGGAUUGGCUUGACCCACAUUGCGAUGAGUCACUGUUUGAGAGGGCAUAUUCUCAAAAUUAAUGCGAGUCUUGUUUUUAAGCAGAUAAAUUCGUUUUGUGAGGCUCGUCUGUUUUCUUGAAUUUUACUGAAGGAGUCCAGCCUUCAGCUUUUCAAUUUUCUUGAGUCUUGUUUUCCAGAUCAGCAAAGGUUGAUUUUUGUUGGAAAGCAGCUCAAGUAUUACAAUACUCAGAAGUAAUCCACCCUUCACCUUGCCAUUCGUCUUUGCGGUGGCAAAUCGAAGUUUAUUUGAUGCUGUUACUGGAUUUGAGACAGCAGAAACAAUCUAUAUAAGGUUAUUUGUCCUUGGACAGUCAGUGUAAGCAGAUAAUAUUUGUUCUUUGAAUUGCAGAGUACACGGCAUGUUUGUUUUUCAACAAGGAUAGUGUUUGUGUA